AUGCCUCGCCCAUCCUUUCUUCCCGCCUUCGCGCUCUUCGCGGCCCUCAUCCGCGCAGAGCCUUACAACACCUUCGACGGGCCCGGCUUCCCUGCCUGCAACGAUGUUGCCGCAGUCUAUUCUCCGUCCACUGUGGACGAGAUGGUCACCAUCGUGGGUGACGCCACGAGGAACAACACGCCAGUUCGCGCCUCGGGAAAGGGCCACAUGUGGUACGACACCAUGUGCAGCGACGACCCUUCCACCAUCAUCAUACGCACGGAGAACGUCAACGGCAUCUCCAACUUCUCACUUGAAGAAGGCGCUAUAGAUGGUUCCAUCAUGAUCGAAGCGGGCGUUACGUUUUUUCAGCUCGCUGAGUACCUGCAUGAGCGAGGCGCGAGCGUGGGCUAUACGCUGGUGAACUGGAAUAUCACGCUUGCGGGGAGCAUUGCGAUGGGCGCGCAUCGGAGCAGUCUGCGAGAAGAAAGCAUGGUGGCUGCAGGCGCCAUGGAACUCCAUAUCAUUGAUGGGAGCGGGAACCUGAGGGUUGUGACGCGGGAUGAGAACAGUGAUGAGUGGCUUGCUGCCUCGACAUCGCUCGGACUUCUUGGAGUCAUCGCAAGGAUGAAGUUCAAGAUCUACCCCGAUUUCAAGGUUUAUGCGGAGCAGAAGAUACUCCCAGAGAAUGAGGUCCUCGAUGGCGACAUCUAUGGACUCAUCGCCCCAUAUGCUACCGCGAACUUCUGGUGGUGGCCUUUCCUCCGCCAAUUCCACCACCGCUACUACGACGUUGUCCCCACCAACGCUUCCGACCAAGAAGGCUUCCAAUCCACCUUCAGCGUGACCAAAGCCGAAGCCGACAUCGCCCUUGGCCUUCUCAACUCCGGCAAAUACAGCUCUGUCCCCAAUAUCGCAGCUGAGGAGCUAUUCUUCGCCCUCUGGUCCUUCCCUAACUUCCGCGAAAAAUCCACCGACCAGGCCAUCCUUACCUGGCCCGUCUACGGCUGGAACUACGACGUGUUAAUCGGUGGCCUCUACCCGGGCUACGGCACAGAAUGGGACUUCGGGCUGCGCGGCUUCACGCUCGAACUCGCGUUCCCCGUCACGCAAGCCAACGCCGUCCUCAAGCGCGUCCGCAAAGCCUUCGACGACGAGCUGCUGAAGGGCAAGGUCAUGACCUCUACUUACCGCAGCGGCAUCAACAUCAAGUUCGGAAAAGCGUACUUCGAUCUGCUGGGCCAAGUCACGUACGACACGGCCGACGGCGCGGACUGGAGCAAAGGCGCCAUCAUGUUUGAUUUCCCGACGUUUAAGCCGACGGUCGGCGACGGCCUGCGCUACAACGAGCCCUUUUAUCAUGAGCUGGCGACGGCGCUGGUCGAGGAGUUUCCGUGCCGCCCGCAUUGGACUAAGAACACGCGCGAGGUGUUUCAGCAGAGUAAGAAGAACCUGGAUCCGGAGCAUUUGGCGAGGUUUAAGGCGGUAAGAGAGAGCUUUGAUCCAAAUGGCAUUUUCAAGAGCGUGGUGGGCGAGAUUUUGGAGCUGUAUUAG